AUACAAAUACACCCAACUCUCCAACACCUUCAUUUCAUUCUAAGAAUUUCUCUCUAUCUAAAACCAGUCUCCAUUUCUCUAGCAUUUUCUACUGACCACCAUGACGUCAAAGGAUUGCGGCAACCACGGAAAAGGCCGCCAUAAACGCAUCCGAAGAAUAAUCGGAUGCCUUCUAGUCUUCCUCGUCAUCGUUCUCAUCACAAUCCUGAUCAUCUGGGCAGUCCUCCGCCCCACCAAACCCCGCUUCAUCCUCCAAGACACCACCGUCUACGGUUUCAACGCCUCCACCCAGAAUUUCCUCACCUCCAAUUUCCAAGUCACCGUUUCUUCUCGGAACCCAAACGACCGAAUCGGGAUCUACUACGACAGGCUCGUCACCUACGCAACUUACAGGAACCAGCAGGUCACUCUUCGGACAGCGCUCCCACCGACGUACCAGGGUCAUAACGAAGUCAAUGUCUGGUCGCCUUUCAUAUACGGGAACAUGGUCCCUAUAGCUCCGGAUUUUUCAGUUGCUCUGAAAACUGAACAAUCUGCCGGUUCGAUUUUCAUGGUGAUCAAGAUUGAUGGACGGGUGAGAUGGAAAGUUGGGGCCUUUGUUUCCGGAAGAUAUCAUCUUCACGUCAGGUGUCCGGCUUAUAUUACUUUCGGUAGCAGAAGCUAUGGAGUUUCCGUCGGAGAAAACGCCGUUAAGUAUCAGAUCGCCACCCGAUGCAGAGUCAGUGUGUGAAAACUAACCAAGAAGGCGAAGAAGAAAGAGGAGGAUUUCACUAACGUCGUCAAAUAUAUCGUUUGUUUAAUCUCUUUAUCUUAAAUCGCUCUUCCCUUUUUCUGAACAAAAUAAUGGAAAUGAAAAUCAGAUAGCAAAAUUUACCAUAAGA